UAGCUCAAUUUAAAACGUCCAUCCAGCUAAAACUGAUGUCUUAUUCAUGUGUUGGAUUGUCACCUGUCAGGUUUUCAACAUCAUGGAAAUCCCACAGAAUACAAAUCCAGCCAAGACCAUAUCCACAUCCAAAUUCUAGAGGUGACAAAUAUGCUUGAUAGAUAAUAACCCGCCAUAAAAGAGGUCAUAUCUGAGAUCUCAGAAAAAAAGAUGUCCCACUUUUUGGAUUCCCAGGUUUCUGGAAGGCUGACAGAUGUAUGAAGUCAAGGACUUUUCCUAAGAAGUCAAAGUAUUGUUUAUUCAUAAGCCUGAAUUUUCAUGGCAUUUUAACAACAUAGUUCUAUAUCCACACUUUCUUCAUGGUGAAUAAUGAUGUGGAACUACACAAGAGUUGAGGAAUUCAUUCUUCUGGGGUUGACCAGACGCCAAGAUAUACAGACUGUCUUAUUUCUGGUGUUUCUUAUCAGUUAUGUUACAUCACUUAUGGGUAAUUUCCUUAUUAUUUUUGCCAGCAGGAUAAGCCCCCAUCUCCAUACACCAAUGUAUUUUUUCUUGAGUAACUUAUCAUUUAUGGACAUUUGUUUCACCUCCAGUAUAGUUCCCAAAAUGCUGAUAAAUUUUUUAUCACUGAAGAAAAGUAUAUCAUUUAAUGCCUGUUUUACCCAAUUGUUUAUACACAUGGGUGUAGGAGGCUCGGAAUGCUGCCUUCUCUUAGCAAUGGCUUAUGAUCGCUAUGUGGCUAUAUGUAGCCCAUUACACUAUACCACCAUUAUGCAUCCAAGCUUAUGCGUGAAAAUGGCAAGUGGCUGUUGGAUUGUGGGCUUUAUAAACUCAUUAAUAAACACAUUAUUUGCACUGCAAUUGCCAUUCUGUGGCCCAAAUGUCAUUAACCAUUUUUUCUGUGAGAUACCAUAUAUAAUAGAACUGUCCUGCAUAGAUGCUUCUCUUAAUAAGACCAUCAUUUUUUUGUGUGCUAUGUUUGUGGUUAUGGGCCCAUUUUUCUUUAUUCUAAUUACAUAUGGCAAUAUUAUCUUUAGUAUACUUAAGAUCAGUACAUCCGUCGGCCGGAAAAAAGCUUUCUCCACUUGUGCUUCACAUAUUAUUGUAGUUACCUUAUUCUACGGUACAAUUAUUUUUUUGUACAUGAGACCGGGAGACACUCACGUGGCCAACCAGGAUAAAAUGGCCACCUUGUUCUAUAGUGUUGUAACUCCAAUGCUUAACCCUUUCAUCUACACCUUGAGAAACAAAGAUGUUAAAGGGGCGUUGCUGUGGAUUACAAUAAAAAAGCAUGUGUCAGAAUAAGA